AACAACCACCACCACAAACUCCGACUGUCCCCUCCAGGCCCUUUCCCUCUAUAAACCUGCCGUUUUCUGUCUCCCAAGUCAUCCCAGUUUAGAAUUACGCCAGGAAAUAAUGAAUAAGCAGAGAGAGCCUAGUUUGUUUAUUUAUUUACAAUCCACAAGUCUAAUCCAGUUUCGAUCCAGCGGCUGUCUCGGGUGCCAAGGAGGAAGGAAGGAAAUGGCAGUGCGGGGACAGGGCAGAGCCUGGGCCAAAGGAAGCCACACCCAGUCGCUGCCCGGCUCUGGGCGACACCGGCAACGUGACCCCGAGAGACAACCAGCUGGUCCUUGCAUCCCCGAGACCGGCUGUCAGCGGCCGGAAGUGGCCCGCCCGCGAGCGGGGAAAGGUGCCUUAAGGAGGAGCCAGGGGCGGGCGGCCAAUCGGAAGCGACUGUCCCCGCGAGUUGGGCGGAAGAGGAGAGAUCCAGUUCCGGACGCGGCCGCCGCCGCCAUCUGUCACCUCCGCUCCGGCACUAGCAGCCAGUCGCCCCUGCCCCGCCUGUCUCCUCGCGGAGCCUGCUUCCCGUCCUGCCUCCUCUCUGCUCUGUUUUUGUCGCUGCCUUCAUCCCCCAAUGGAUCUGGUAGGAGUGGCAUCGCCCGAGCCCGGGCCGGCAGCGGCCUGGGGACCCAGCAAGUGUCCUUGGGCUAUCCCUCAAAAUACAAUAUCUUGUUCUUUGGCUGAUGUAAUGAGUGAACAGCUGGCCAAAGAAUUGCAGUUAGAAGAAGAAGCUGCUGUUUUUCCUGAAGUUGCUGUUGCUGAAGGACCAUUUAUUACUGGAGAAAACAUUGAUACUUCCAGUGACCUUAUGCUGGCUCAGAUGCUACAGAUGGAAUUUGACAGAGAAUAUGAUGCACAGCUUAGGCGUGAAGAAAAAAAAUUCAAUGGAGAUAGCAAAGUUUCCAUUUCCUUUGAAAAUUAUCGAAAAGUGCAUCCUUAUGAAGACAGCGAUAGCUCUGAAGAUGAGGUUGACUGGCAGGAUACUCGUGAUGAUCCCUACAGACCAGCAAAACCGGUUCCCACUCCUAAAAAGGGCUUUAUUGGAAAAGGAAAAGAUAUCACCACCAAACAUGAUGAAGUAGUAUGUGGGAGAAAGAAUACAGCAAGAAUGGAAAAUUUUGCACCUGAGUUUCAGGUAGGGGAUGGAAUUGGAAUGGAUUUAAAACUAUCAAACCAUGUUUUCAAUGCUUUAAAACAACAUGCCUACUCAGAAGAACGUCGAAGUGCCCGCCUACACGAAAAAAAGGAGCAUUCAACAGCAGAAAAAGCAGUUGAUCCUAAGACACGUUUACUUAUGUAUAAAAUGGUGAACUCUGGAAUGUUGGAGACAAUCACUGGCUGUAUUAGUACAGGAAAGGAAUCUGUUGUCUUUCAUGCGUAUGGAGGGAGCAUGGAGGAUGAAAAGGAAGAUAGUAAAGUUAUACCUACAGAAUGUGCCAUCAAGGUAUUUAAAACAACCCUUAAUGAGUUUAAGAAUCGUGACAAAUAUAUUAAAGAUGAUUUCAGGUUUAAAGAUCGCUUCAGUAAACUAAAUCCACGUAAGAUCAUCCGCAUGUGGGCAGAAAAAGAAAUGCACAAUCUCACAAGAAUGCAGAGAGCUGGAAUACCUUGUCCAACAGUUGUACUACUCAAGAAACACAUUUUAGUUAUGUCUUUUAUUGGCCAUGAUCAAGUUCCAGCUCCUAAAUUAAAAGAAGUAAAACUCAAUAGUGAAGAAAUGAAAGAAGCCUACUAUCAAACUCUUCAUUUGAUGCGGCAGUUAUAUAAUGAAUGUACACUUGUCCAUGCUGACCUCAGUGAGUACAACAUGCUGUGGCAUGCUGGAAAGGUCUGGUUGAUUGAUGUCAGUCAGUCAGUGGAACCUACCCAUCCUCAUGGCCUGGAGUUCUUGUUCCGGGACUGCAGGAAUGUCUCGCAGUUUUUCCAGAAAGGAGGAGUCAAGGAAGCCCUUAGUGAACGAGAACUCUUCAAUGCUGUUUCAGGCUUAAACAUCUCAGCAGAUAAUGAAGCUGAUUUUUUAGCUGAGAUAGAAGCUUUGGAGAAAAUGAAUGAAGAUCACGUUCAGAAGAAUGGAAGGAAAGCUGCUUCGUUUUUGAAAGAUGAUGGAGACCCACCAGUACCAUAUGAUGAAUAGCACUGAUACCCACUGCUUCACUGUUAACACACACACCAGUGAUUGUCAGCUGCCAAUAGCAAAUGAAGUUAUGGGUGACCCGAAAUACCAAAACAUGAGGAGUGGACAAUGGUGCUUAUGUGCUUUUCCCCCCUUGUAACCCAUGUGCCAGAUGUGUGGAAUUUUUAGCUCAGCAUUGAGAGAAUAAAAUGUCACUACCUCUCAUCUUAUAAACAGGAAAAUAUAAUUCUUUAACAGCUAUUGGUUAUCUGGCUGAAAUAGACCUUAUUUUAUGUGA